AUGGAUGUCAAGACCAACUCAGCAUCCGUGAUUAGUGUCCUCUUCCUGUGCUUGUUUCUCAAGACCUAUUUCUCUCUGGGAGCUGAUACCAUCUCUGUAAACGAAUCUGUCUAUGGCUAUUCAACUAUAAUCUCAGCAGGCAGUGUCUUUCAACUGGGAUUCUUUAAACCAGGUGAGGCUGAAAACUACUAUGUCGGUAUAUGGUACCUGAAAGAUCCUCAUAAAAACAUAGUCUGGGUAGCACAUAGGGAGAAUCCGGUUACUUACAGUUCAGAGUUAAGAAUCUCUGAUGGAAAUUUAGUUCUUUUCAACGAUUUAAAGAUCCCAAUAUGGUCCACAAAUGUAAGAACCACUAGCUCUGAUUCUGUACGGGCAGUACUUCUGGAUAGCGGAAACCUCGUGUUAACCGAUGGAUCUAACUUGUCGGAACCUUUGUGGCAAAGUUUUGAUCAUCCUACUAAUACGUGGCUACCCGGUGCUAAGCUUGGAUACAACAAAAUAACCAAAAGAAGCCAAGUUCUCACUUCAUGGAAGAAUUCGGAGGACCCUGCCCCAGGCCUCUUCUCUUUUAAGCUAGACCCCAGAGACAACUCGUAUGUCAUACUCUGGAACAGGUCUACGAAAAAUUGGACAAGUGGAUCUUGGAAUGGCGAGACUUUUGGUUUGGCGCCUGAGAUGACAAGCUAUAAUAUCUAUGAAUUCGUUUUUGUUUCAAAUGACGAUGAAAUCUAUUGCACCUAUGCUAUAAACAGCUCUGCUACCAAUUUUUCUCGGCAUGUGAUGGAUGUUUCGGGUCAGAUUAGGCAACUAACUUGGCUGCCUGCUGGUAAUAGAUGGAAUUUGUUAUGGUCUCAACCUAGACGACAAUGUGAUGUUUAUGCUUAUUGUGGGGCUUAUGCUAGCUGUGAUGAAUGGAGAUUGCCCUUCUGUAGUUGUUUGCCAGGUUUUGAGCCUAAGGUGCAAAGUCAUUGGGAUUCGAAUGAUUAUUCUGAUGGGUGCUUAAGAAGAACUAGACUGCAAUGUGGGAAUAACACCAUUGUUAAUGGUGAGAGAGAGAAAUUUCUAUCCAUAUUCAACAUGUCGUUGCCCGAUAAUCAACAAAUCGUGCAGGCGACGAGUUUACAAGAUUGCGAAGCAAGCUGCUUAAAUACCUGCUCGUGCACUGCCUAUGCCUAUGAAAGCAAUAAUUGUUCAACUUGGACAGGAGAUCUCUUAAAUCAAAGGCAACUCAGAGCAGAUGACAGCAGAGGUCACACACUCUAUCUUCGAUUGGCAGCUUCUGAGUUUCCGCAUCUAAAACGAUCUUCACAAAAUAAGAAACUCUAUAUGCUCUCAAUUCUCAUCGUGGUCAUCCCUUGCGCUGCUUGUUCGGUUUAUUAUUUGAGAAGAAAAAAGAGGGGCACUAAAGAUAACAGAAGAAGCAAUAAAACGGUAGGCUUGUAUGAUAGUGAAAAGCACAUUAGAGAUUUCUUGCAUUCGGGCCAAUUAAGAGUAGACGAAAAGAAAGGCAUAGAAGUACCAUUUGUUGUUUUGGAUAGCAUACUAGCUGCUACAGGUAACUUUUCGGAAGGUCGUCACACAAACAAACUUGGACAAGGAGGAUUUGGCCCCGUUUAUAGGGGUAAAUUUCCUGGGGGACAAGAAAUUGCUAUAAAGAGGCUCUCGAGUAGUUCAGGACAAGGCUUACAGGAAUUUAAGAAUGAAGCUUUGUUGAUUGCUAAACUUCAACAUCGCAAUCUUGUUCGACUUUUGGGCUACUGUGUUGAAGGAGAUGAAAAGAUGUUGCUCUAUGAGUAUAUGCCCAACAAAAGCUUAGACUUCUUCCUAUUUGAUCGAAAGAUGUGCAUUUUGCUGAACUGGGAGAUCCGCUUCGACAUCAUAUUGGGAAUUGCUAAAGGGCUUCUUUAUCUUCACCAUGACUCAAGGUUGAGGAUUAUCCAUAGAGAUAUGAAAACUAGCAAUGUCUUACUUGAUGGAGAAAUGACCCCAAAAAUUUCAGACUUUGGCUUGGCAAAGAUUUUUGGAGGGAAACAAAUGGAGGCAACUACAAACAGAGUAGUUGGGACAUAUGGUUACAUGUCUCCAGAGUAUGCAAUACAUGGGUUAUUCUCAAUCAAAUCUGACGUUUUCAGUUUUGGCGUCGUGAUACUUGAAAUCAUUAGUGGGAAAAGGAACACUGGAUUUUAUCACUCAGAAGAAGCCUUGAGCCUUCUAGAUUAUGCAUGGAAAUUAUGGAAUGAAAACAAGGCACUGGAUCUGAUCGACCCCAUAUUGAGAGAGACUUGUAGUAGCGAAAAUGAAUUCAUGAGGUGUUUCAACAUAGGACUAUUGUGCGUACAAGAUGACCCAAGCGAUCGUCCCACCAUGUCAAAUGUUGUCUUCAUGCUUGGUAGUGAAAGUGGAAGUCUUCCAAGUCCUAAGCAACCAGCCUUUUUGGUGAAAAGAUCACUUUCUUGCAGAGCUUCUUUUGAUGAGAAACCUUUGUCCAGAAACAAGUUAACGGAUACCUUAAACGAAGGCCGGUGA